AUGCCACUGCGGGGUCUAGAGAUUUGGCUGCUGCUGGCAUGCGGCGUAUGUGGCCAAGAGGGUGGGUCAAGCGACCCCGCAGUGCACCUAGUGGCCAUCCCCAGCACCGCCCACGCAUGCAGCGAGCUGGUUUUCAGUGGCGCGGGCUCGCACGACCCGCAGGGCGGAGCCCAGUUCUUUUGGUCCCUGGGCGCAAAUUCUGCUUCGGAUGCGCUGCUGGCGGUGCUAAGCGGGGCCACCGCAGCCAAUUCCCGGGAGCUCACCAUUAGCCCCAGUGUCCUCUCCCAAACGGCCCCCUCCCUGGGCGGGCGCUUGGAGGUGGAGCUGACGGUGGCUUUCGCAGAUGAGAACCGCACCAACCUCACCGUCGUGGCCUUUGCCAACAUCGUAGGCUCUGCGUCCCAGGCGCAGCCGGCGAUUUUCCCGGUGGGCCCCACUCAGCUCACCAUGCCGCGGAGCGAGAGGCUGGAGCUGGCGGUGACCACAGAAGAGGCCAGCUUCGCACUGGACUGCGCAGGCAGAGAUCCCAGAAGAGGCCCUGGCCCAGCCAACGUCACUUGGUACCACUCGUUCAUGGGGGCCUGGCAGCCAUUGACGUCCUCCGAGCUGACGGACCUGGCUGUGGAGCCAAACCGCGUGAGCAUAGGAGCUUUCACUCUGCAAGCUGGUAGUUCGCACCUUUUGAAAGCAGAGGCAGCCUUCGAUUUGCAAUCAGCAGCACCACGGCCGGCUGUCCUUUUCAAGGUCGACGUGGAACCCAUGCCGCCGGUGAAGGUACAUAUUCUGGGUCCCCGACGAGCUGCUCAGUGUGGAUUCGAGUUGGAAGCAGAGACUUGGGACCCCGUUGCUGCGACCAGCGCUCCAGAAGACUUCCAGUUUGCCUGGGAUUGCUUCUCAGUGGUUGAAGUGGGUGAGAUCGACGCCUGUGCCGAGCUGCCAAACUUCAUUCCAGCCAGGUCCCGCCGCACCGAUGGCUCAGGCGCGUCAGGGCCAAAGAUGAGGGUAGCAGCCGGCGAUCUCCCCGCCGGGCUGCAUGAGUUCUCCGUGACUGUGCGACGGCGCGGCUUGCGCGACACAGGGACCGUCGCCAUCAGCUCCAUGCAAGUCAUCGCAGGGCUUUUCACCGCUGUACAGGUGCCCUUCCCCAGCUAUGGCUACUCAGGCAUCAACGAUGCCGAUAGCGUGCCGCCGACCAGCGCUUCAGUGGACCUAAGAGAAACGCUGAGCAUCGGCUCUUGCACAGCACCGGCAGUAAGUUGGCGGUGGGUUUUGGUGGAAGACGCUAUUCCACCACUCCUUGACCGCGUGCUACCAACAAAGCUCGUGGCGGCGGAAGGCAUGCUUCAGAUACAAGCUGGUGGCGGUGGUACCAUGGUACCUGGCAGAAGGUACUACCACGCACUGCUGCAGUCAUCCUUUCAGGACAUCAUAGAUGCAUUGGACAGCGUCGAUGGCCGCCCUGCUUUGGGAACCCUGAGCGGUAUCUCCGUCGCUGCCGCGACCCCAAAGUUUGUUGCAGACCAAAGCCCCUCAGAUGGCGCCGUCACGGUUACUCCUGAAACGGGGCGGUCAUUGAGGACAACUUUCCUGGUCAACACCUUCAAUUGGACCGAUGAGCUGCCCUUGGACCUGAAGUAUGAGUUCAUUCGAUUCGAGGCCGUCGGGAGCGAAGGGCUCCAAGUUGACUGGGACGAUCCUACCAGCAGCCGCUUUUGGAGGAAAGUCGGGCAUUGCUUCAGGCCUCCGCGUCACUCACCAAAGGCCUUCCUGCAGGCGCCUCCAGGGCAGCACCUGGUGGUGGUCCGCGCCUGGGACCCUCGCGGCCAGGCCUCCGUGGUAGCUUCGGAGUUAUUGGUCGUAGAUGCCGAGAGCGACUUCAGCGUAGCAGACGUCACAGCAUUGAUUGCCAGAACAGAGGUGACCAACGACCCGAGUCAACUGUUGCAGGCUGCUAUUGCCAUAGCCGUCGUUGCCGACCCCGCUGUGAAGAUCAGAACCUGCAGAACAGACUCCUUUGGUACGGAGAGAUGUGACCAGAUUCCAUCAGAGGAGGUAGUGCGGCCGGUUCUCAACUCGCUCUCAACUGCUGCACCCUUCAUGGGAAGCGAGCUUCUGGGGAUGCUGGGCAUCGCUUUGGAGGGUACGAUUAAAGUUGCGGCCGAGCCCAGCCUACAGCAGGUCGAUGCCACCAAGGUGUUCGGAGAUAGCCUCAACCCAGGCAACUUCAGCGAGGAUGAUAACAACACCGAGCCCCCAGAGCCAGUGUUUGUCAACAUCUCGCGCAUCCAGGUGCUACCAGAGUUCCUGAUGACCGUCACGCAGCUGCUAACCACCACCCAGCAGCGGGUACUUCUUGAUCAGGCAUCAGAUCCAAGUAUUGGGCUGGAUGGCUUUGCUGCAGAAGAGGUUUUGAAGGCCCUAGCAAUCACCAUGUGGGCAAUCCAGGGAAGUCCCGGCGCAGACUUGGUGAGUUUGGCACCCAAGGUGCGAGCACUCAUCGACGGUCUUGGCGCCGCCUCCUUGCCAAAGGUGCCUUUCGGAUCAGAACAACGACUGCGGACGCCGCCAGAUUUGAGCUACCACGCGGAGAUGGUGCUGGCCAAGGCGGCCCCUGGGAGCAACAUCGAGUUGGCAGGUGUGAACAUUUCAAGGGACUUGUUGGGCAGACGGCUUCAAAGCUGCGAGAUGGAUGCGCAAAUCACUGAGUGGUACAACUUGAAUCCGCUUUUUGCGGCACCUGCGGGGUUCGGAGUCACAGACCUUGUUCUACCAAACACGACCAUCAAGGGCUUGUUCCUACGCCUCUGCGGUCAGCCAGUUCUGUCAGAAGAUUUGGACUCCCCUCUCGAGAUCGACAUCGAUAUUGUUCAUCCGGAGGGUGUGCAAAUGGGCUAUGUUGUGGAGCAUUUGUGUGCAGUGUAUGACACCGGCCUCGGGGCCUGGUCCACAGACGGAGUGGCUCUGAAGGAUGCAGUCGACAACGAGUCUUCGCAAUUGACCUGCUUGUCCAAUCAGAGCUACGGAUACUUCGCUGCCCUGUACCGGGUUGUCCGCGAGGCGCCGCCGGAUCCAACAACGUCGCCUCCGCCCGUGGAGGAUGACGACACUGGGGUCAGCGUGGAGGUGAUCCUCGGCAUCGUCAUCGUUGUGGCCCUGGGCGCAAUAACCGCGGGUUUCAAAGCCCGGAAGUGGUAUCGGUCGAGGCAGAAGGUCGAACCGGAGAAGGUGGAGGAACCAGAAGAGGAGGAAGAGGAGGAAACAGAGACAGACUCCGAGGUGAGUGAGCCCCCAGAUCCGGAUCCUGCUCUCACAAAGCUGCGCAUGGCAGCAGAGGCAGGAAGAUUGACUGCUAAAGAAAUCCUUGCACAUCAUGCGGGCCCCACGGGUAUUCGUCAGGAGCUGAUUUGGGCGGUAGACAAAGGCUAUGAGGCCAAACUUCGCGAAGCUCGCAAGAAGGCGUUCAAGAAUAUUCCAGCUGAAGUGUACCAUGACUCAUUUGGGAAGCAGAUUCCAGGUGAUUUCACAGUGGUGCACGUCAAGGCGAAAGCCGAGUUUCAGCCCAGGAAACCACUCAAAGCGCUAGAAACUCUGCCCGAUACCAGCCCGUCGACAAUGUCUUUUUCACCGUCUGAAUCUUUAGAGAAUUCGCCACGAAGCCAACCAUGA